AUGGGAAAUAAUAAUUCGACUUUUAAACGUAAAAAUAAAAAAAUAGUAUUAGAUAAAAAUGAAACUAUGGACUUGGAAGUAGGAAAGGAUUUAAAAUAUUAUUUACCGAAUAAUUAUGAAGAUAUUGAUAGGAUUCAUAUGUUUCAUUUUUUUCAAAGAUAUAUAUAUCAAGGUAAUUUUUCUUCUCCGAUUGAAGAAAGAUUAAUGCAAGAAAAAUGUAAAGUAUUAGAUAUUGGAUGCGGAUCCGGAACUUGGUUGUUGGAUCUUGCAAAUAAAUAUGAAAAAUCUUUAUUUCAUGGGCUUGAUAAUAAUUCAAUAUUUCCAAAUGAGAUAAAACCGUCAAACUUAAAUUUUAUGAAAGCGGAUAUGUUUGAUGGAUUACCGUUCCCUGAUAAUGAAUUUGAUUUUGUACAUCAGGGUACAAUGGCAGUAACAAAACCUGGUGGAUUUGUUGAGAUUCAUGAACCAUAUUGUAUAUCUAAAGGAUUUGGUCCAAUUUUAAAUAAAAUAAAUGAAGCGCACAUUUCAUCUUGUUUACAAAGAGGAGUAGAUAUGAAAUUAUUACCAAAUCUUGAUAAAAUAAUUAAAUCAAAUCCAAAUACGCCAAUAACUUAUAAAGAUGAAAAAUUCUAUAUUUUAGGACCUAAUGGUGGUAAGAUUGGUAUGGUUAAUCAAGAUAUUUUUAUAGGUUUUCAUGAUAAUGAUGUGGCGAUGGAAAAUUUAAGUCCAGUAUUAGGUAUUUCUAAAGAAGAAUAUAAAAUUAUGAUGACAAAAGAUCUUAUAGAAGAACUUAAAUAUACUAGUCCAGAAUAUUCAUUAAUUAGAUUUUGGGCUAAAAAAAUUAAUUAA